CUAUUACGUGUUCAUGAGUUUAUUUUCCAUUUUUUUCCGCCGACAUUGUGCUUUUACGCACAUACGAGUGUAUUUUCGACAUGCACUUACAUUUUCUUUUUUCUUUUCCAGGACGGCUGGAAAAGAACGAUGACGUUUAUGAGGAUCCGAAAUUUUCAUUGUACAUUUUCUUUUUUUACUAUGUUGUACCUCCGUCCCAUAUAGUAAGGAAAGACGACCAGACGCUGCUAAAUUUAGUAAGCUAUCAGAAGAGUGUUUACCAACGACAAACUCGUUGGGUUUAAACUUCUGGCUGGCCACGUCUUAGGGUCGUCACUGCCCCACUAGGGGGGGAGUGAUCUGUAGCGGUAAAUAAAUCCCCAAAAUAAAUAGCAUUAAGUUUUCGACAUUGGAUGCUGACCAUAUGUUUUAGUGGACUCAUCUAGCUGAAGGCGCUCGGUCAGGCAUCCGCACCAGAUCACGUGUGGUAACGCCGUGCUCAACAUCAACCGCAAUCGCUAGCCAGAUUAGAUCAGAGAAUUCCGAUAUAUUGGUCAUCGCCAAAUAUACUCUUCCGAUCUCCUCGACUCUGUCUUUUGAUUUCUCUUGGUGGGAACGAAAUAUAUUAGAAGGUGUUACUGGUAGAAGCGUUGUCAAACACUGAAUACCUGUGACAUCAACAAUCUCUAUUACUAAGGUUUGCUAAUAUUAGCAAAUUUACAAUUUGAUGAUUCAUGAAUAAUUUUCUCCGCUACGUGACACAUAUCUGGACGUGGCUGAUAUCAGUGGGGACGUAUCUUACUGAUAGGACCCAUUAAUAGGUUAUAUUACCUUAUGUACUUCUUUCCAACAAGUCUCAAAAUUGUCCCAAUUGGUAAAUCGUCUAAACAACAUAAUAUCAUCGAACAUUCAUCCUGUAUCAUGCAUCAUUACGAUGGCACCACUUUCGUUACUUGAAGGUUGGGCUUUAUCAGACACAAUGUGGCUAAACGCAAUUCAAAUCUAAAAAUAUCUUGAUUUGACCGCUUCUGCAAAACCCUACGAAUUGUCGAAGUUGCGCACCAAUCGUUUUACGGUGGUUUGACCUUCAAGCCUUCAGUAACCUUCAGUGGAUGGUACUUUUGAAGGGUUGUCAAAAAACCAAGACAGCAUACCAUCCAACGGGUCGCUUCGUGUUAUCCGUGUACAGAAUCUCCGCUUUCACUUCAGUUCUGGAGGGUCGUAAAAACUGAGAUUCAAUGAACCAUCUAAUUUGUCGUUUUUGGAUGAAGAAAAUUUCUGGAAUUAAUUUGCAGUUCUCUAAACGCUAUUCAGAUGUCAGUGACUUUAGAAGUGUACUUUCUAAGUCACACAAUGUUCUGGUAUUGACUGGUGCUGGUAUAAGUGCUGAAAGUCAUGUUCCAACCUUUAGAGGAUCAGGUGGAUUAUGGAGGAAUUUUUCUUCCCAGGAUCUUGCUACACCCGAUGCAUUUCAUUCAAAUCCUGGUUUGGUUUGGGAGUUUUAUCAUUACCGUCGUGAAGUCGUCCGUUGUAGAUGUCCUAAUGCUGGACAUAUAGCUCUUGCCCAUGCAGAGAAACAAUACACUGAAUGUGGUCGCUCAUUCUUUGUCAUUACACAGAAUGUGGAUGGCCUUCAUGCCAAAGCAGGGAGUGUUAAUGUAUUGGAAUUGCACGGAAACCUUUAUAAAACACGAUGUUUAAAGUGCAGUGACAUUCGAGUGAAUUUUGACAGUCCGAUAUGUGCAGCAUUACUUGGUCGCGGUUCACCAAUCGUUGAGAUUAUUCCAUACAAGCCAAUUCCUGCAUCUCAGUUACCACGUUGUCAAAAUCUUAUUAACAGUAAUAUAUGUGGUGGACUGCUACGACCACAUGUUGCUUGGUUUGGAGAAAAUCUUGAACCACAUAUCCUUUCUAAAGCUGAUGAAAUAGUUCAGAAAGCUGAUGUUUGUCUGGUUGUUGGUACUAGUUCUGUUGUUUAUCCCGCUGCAAGUUUUGCUCCAUCUUUAGCCAACCGUGGAAUUCCUGUCGCUGAAAUCAAUGUAGAAGUUACUCCAGCCACUCAUUUAUUACAAUACCAUUUUCAAGGAAAAUCUGGUGAUAUUCUACCGAAACUAUUUGAUUCCUUAGCCUUAACUUAGUCGAUAUGAUAAUUAAAUAAUGCUAUUUUUUGUAUGUAUCUACCUUCAACUUCAUUUAUCUGUUUUGUAAUGUUUGUUUACGUUGAAUCUUUUGUAUAGUCUAUUCUAAUUACACUUUCUAUUGAGAUAUCAGUUGGACAAAAAGAAAGAAAUCAGCAUAUCAUAAGAUUAUUUUAUUGUGCUUUCUUUUCAGAGAAGUUCUCACCAAUGUAGCUGUUAUUUUUGUCUAUUUCAAACAGAUUAUAUUUUUGUUUUGUUCCCAGAAGUCAUUUAUGAAAGAGAACUAUACUUUUAUCGGGAGGGGGCUUCCUAUUCCUUUUUCUUAAGCCGAGAUUUUCAGCUUCAUUUUCUUUUUGUGCUGUAAAGCAAGAUGUCACCUGGCCCCUUCCUAAACGGUAAUAUUUCAGUCGCAAUUUCAUUUAUUUGUUUGAACACUUAAGUAUUGGUACAAAGAGGAACCGAUUACAUAUGCAUCACACAAGUCACUUGGUUUGUGUGUGGUCUAUGAUUCUGCAUGAUUGCCCAGGUUGAAGCAGGUGGUUCUUUUAGGGGGGGCACCCGGAGCGUUUGAUCCACAAGGCAGUGAAGCAACGUCAGGAGAUGCAGUCCCAUGGUAGUCGGUGACCAAUAAUUGGUUCAUACGCCAUUUCUUUCCUUAGGAUCCUGAAGUCCAUGUACACGAUUGAUCUAGAAUCAGGGUUUCCCAACUCCACUAGGUGGACUCUCCGUGUUUACCAACUGAGUUAAAGCACCGGACAUUUCACUUUUCGUCCUCUCAAUUUCGUAAACAAUACCCCCGCUACGAGAAGGUAGUGAGUAGGACUUCCGUGGCAGUGACUAUACUUGUGGCUAUGUGAGAGUAUGUCGAGAGGGAGAGCUGACUCUCCCCACCCUCGGUCUUACCUGGGGGAACUUGCUAGCCUUCUACUGUUUAUUUUUCGAUAGAAUAAAGUUGUUAGCGAGCAUAGUCUACGUUUGAAGAGAGUACCAUAAGCCGUAACGGUAGUCAUGGAUAAGUUACUAGGAUACAGGUAGUGAUUGGUUAUCUGAAAUAAAACCGUAUAUUUUAUUGUUCUUGUCAUCAACCGAGCGAUGACGAAAUCAAAAUUCUGUAAAA